UCCCUCUCUUGCGCCCAGCCAAUCAGCGCGCCCAGCCCUCGCUAAGCCGCUAAGCUGCAAAGGGCAGAACCACUUUUUAGUCAUUCCGCUGCAACUGACAGCGUCGAUAUGCCUUCUCCCCAACUUUCUCAGGCCCGGUAUGUCGCCAUGAAAGACAGCUGGGGCCACGGUGACGAUCGCAGAGAACGAGGCAGAGUCGAUCGAGGAGUAACACGCUCAAGAAGAUCGCGAUCGCCCCCUCGUCGCCCCGAGAGCGACAGGGACUCUAAAGCCAGAGAUCGCAGUCUCGUCAAGUCAAAGCCUGUCACCGAGCACGAUAGGCCCCGCGGACGCAGCCAAGAUCGCAGACGGAGGCCAUCACGGUCCCCGCCGCUGAGGGAUUCGCGAGAAGAAGUACGGGAGCGUAAUAGAGGGCGGGAGUUGUUGGACACGCGAGGCUCGGACAGGCCCAGACGCAGCACUCACCACUCGCCAUCAGGAAAACGUCGGAAGAGUCGAAGUCCUUCACCAACCCGCAGUCAUCAUAAGAGAUCAAGGCGAGGGGCAUCGCGCAGUCCAUCGCGGGUAGCAGAAUCGUCCUCCUCGCGCCCAGACAAGAAACGUCGAACUCUCUCUCCGCUUCCGCCUCGGAGGCGCUCGCCUCGCUCACCUCGCUCACCUGAACGCAAGAGUCUUGAGUCUCGUGGGGAGAGCAGACACAAGCAUCAUCGAGAAUCAGGCUUCUCGAGCAGGCGUGGUCGCUCUCCCAGCCCGAAACGCGACCGUCACGAGUCCUCCUACCAUAGUUCUGCGCCUCGACACGAUCCCCAUUCAAAGCACACCCGAUCACCGCAGCGAAGUCCAGGACGAUCAGAAAAGAAGCGUGAGAGGUCAUUUUCAAGGGACAGGGGGAGGAAACGAGAUCAUUCUCCACAUAGACGUCGCAGAUCGGAUAUCGAUCCCUACGAGCUACAAAGCCGCUCUCGUCAACCGUCACCCCGUGUACCGAGGAGCUCUAAUCAAUCACUCAGAGGUUCAUCCCCUAUAGGCGAUAAAGAGAGGCGGUCAUCACGAGACGAGUACUAUUCCAGUAGAUCUAAGGGUAGAGGCAGAACCCCGUCAUUCAGUGCGUCCGGAGCGAAUAGUAUCGAGGUAAAGUCUGAUAAGAUGUCAGGGAGAGGGGGGUUUUAUGGCGGCCACCACGGCUACAAUCCUCACCAGCAGAUGCAAGCUGCCUUUCCCCUGAAGCCUCAAUAUAAUCAAGGGCCACCAGACCCUCGACAAUACUCGCAGUCUCCACAACAUCAUUUGACACCAACUUCUUACCAUAGCUCCCCUCAGGCACACUCACCGUACCAUUCUGGAAGAGGUGGCUGGGUUGGUCAGCCACCACCUCAGCAAUAUUCUCCCCAUCAUCAAUAUCCGCCUAGUCAUCAACAGCAGCCUGGCUUUCCUCCUUCAGCCGGACCCCAAGGCCAUUACUAUGGCAAUCAAUCUCAAUCACCUCCCUACCCGGGUCCUGGAGGGAAUGUGAAUCAAGGUUACCCUCAACAUAAUAGCUUUCGCGGCAGCCGGGGCGGUUACAGAGGAAACUUCAACCCUCGUGGAAGAGGCGAUCGAGGUCGUGGCGGUCAUUUCCAGAACCUUCACUGGAACGGAGCAGGCCGUGGUCAUCAUAACCAGUCUGGAAACGUAACCCCUCAGCACAUUUCUCCUCCGCAUCAAUAUCCACAGUAUCCCGGACCUCACGAACCCGCUCCACCACCGCCGCCUGACGUGGUAGAGGAUGAUAGCGAAGAUCUCUUCAGGCCGUCUACCAAGGAUCUUCAAGUUGAGGAUAAGGAUGAGACCAAGAAGAAAGAUGAGGAGAAGAUGCCACCCCCAAGCAGACCGCCUCCCACUGGACCGCAGGGACAGCAGGGACAGCAGCAGGGACAGCAGAAUUCAUCGAAGUUUAGUUUCGCCUUCAAAGCUUCAUCAAAGACGACUCCAACAGCUCCGAAACCCGAGAUCUCACAGAAACUCAGUGCAGCGCCAAGUCGGCCAAUUGUCCAACCGACCCCAGAUCGCCGUGGCUCAACGCGGUCAAUACCCACAGAGCCAGCUUCAGCCAGGCGGCAAGACUUCCGCGAACCUCCUCCUCCAACAACUCGAAAAGUCAAGAAGAUAAUGAAGCGGGUAAAGGAGAGGCCACAACUCCCGGAAGAUUUCAAGAAGUCCGAUUCGGUAUAUUACCGGAAACCUGGGAAUGAAUCUGUGGUUGGCUCGGGAACAUACGGCAAGGUCUUCAAAGCUAUACACGUCUAUACGAAGAAGCUGGUGGCUUUGAAGAAGAUUCGAAUGGAAGGUGAAAGAGACGGCUUUCCAGUUACAGCAGUUCGAGAGAUCAAAUUGCUUCAGUCACUGAAGCAUGAAAAUAUCGUCAAUCUACAAGAAGUGAUGGUUGAGAAGAACGACUGCUUUAUGGUUUUCGAAUAUCUAUCACACGAUCUCACCGGCCUACUGAACCACCCCACCUUCAAGCUGGAGCCAGCUCAUAAAAAGCACCUAGCAAAGCAACUUUUCGAGGGUCUCGACUAUCUUCACCGAAGAGGCGUGCUUCAUCGAGACAUUAAGGCAGCAAAUAUUUUGGUUAGCAAUGAAGGUCAGCUCAAACUGGCAGAUUUUGGACUUGCCCGGUUCUAUGCCAAACGGAGACAGCUUGACUACACCAAUCGAGUCAUCACGAUCUGGUAUCGUUCUCCGGAGCUUUUACUAGGUGAAACACAAUACGGACCGGCCGUUGACGUCUGGAGUGCCGCUUGCGUACUCGUGGAGAUAUUCACACGACACGCCAUCUUCCCGGGCGAUGGGGGUGAAAUCAGCCAGCUGGAGAAAAUUUACGCUAUUCUUGGGACGCCAAAUAAAGUCGACUGGCCAGGUUUAGUCGAUAUGGCUUGGUUCGAGCUACUUCGGCCCAGUGCACGUAGGCCCAAUGUCUUUGCAGAGAAGUAUAAGGACCGAGUUACGCCGGCAGCAUUUGAGCUACUCGAGGCUAUGUUCCAAUAUGAUCCCGCGAAGCGACCUAGCGCUAGUGACGUGCUAGAGCAUCCUUACUUCACUGCGGAGGAGCCGAAGCCGAGACAGGCUAUCGAGUUGGCAAAGCUCGAAGGCGACUGGCACGAGUUCGAAUCCAAAGCACUGCGCAAAGAAAAUGAGCGAAAGGACAAAGAGGCACGACGACAAGCACAGAAAGAGGCCGCUCUCAAAGCCGAGAAGGACAAAAAGAGGCCCUCUGAUUCUGAUGCCGUUGAUCACCGAGAAGCAAAGCGUCCCCAUACCGAAGGUGUACCUCCUAAUUCAGCUUCCAAGGCCGACGGAGAGCAGAAGAACGCGCCAGCGGCGUGAUCGUGCGAGGUCCAAUCGACUACAGCGUAUAUGAUGUACGGGAUAAGAUGUAUGUGCAUUUUUGUAAAGUAAUAAUCGAGAAAACGAAAGACCAGGGGAGGUUGAUUCCCCGAUCUCUUCUUUCUUUUCAGCUGCCUUCUUUCUUGGAAGCAAAGAAGAAAAAAAAUAGGCGGGCAGAAUGGAGUUCGAGGCUGGUUGUAGGGUGGGGCAUC